GCGGGGGCGGCGCGCGGCCGUGGGCGGAGGAGGGGGCUGCGGGCCGCUCGUCCGGCCCACUGACGGCAUGAAGCCUUUAGGGGUACGCAGUGCUCGCAGCUUUUUGGUGGAAGCCCCUCAGCUGCCUUCAGUCUGAAGGCUGGGCCCGGCAGAGGACGGAUCGGAGGGUCCCGCUCGCGGGGCAGGCAGAGAGGGAGAGGAGGGGGCGAGGGACAGACAGGAAGGAAGCGAACCAUCACAUUGAAAAGAAAAAGCCCUUUGACGUUUUACCUCCUCUCCCUCCCCAAAUGACUGAGUAGCGCACGGCGGCGACACCUGGGAAGGCACGAAGUUGGUCUGCGUUCCCAAUUGCUUGGUUUGAGUUCGCAGUGGUGAGCGCUGGGCUCGGAGAUGGAGCCGUGGUCCUCUAGGUGGAAAACGAAACGGUGGCUGUGGGAUUUCACCGUAACAACCCUCGCAUUGACUUUGCUCUUCCAAGCUAGAGAGGUCAGAGGAGCUGCUCCUGUUGAUGUACUAAAAGCACUAGAUUUUCACAGUUCUCCAGAGGGAAUAUCAAAAACAACAGGAUUUUGCACAAACAGAAAGAAUUCAAAAGGCUCAGAUACUGCUUACAGAGUUUCAAAGCUAGCACAACUCAGUGCCCCAACAAAACAGUUAUUCCCAGGUGGAAGUUUUCCAGAAGAUUUUUCAAUAUUGUUUACAGUAAAACCUAAAAAAGGAAUUCAGUCUUUCCUUUUAUCCAUAUAUAAUGAACAUGGCAUUCAGCAAGUUGGUGUUGAGGUUGGUAGAUCGCCUGUUUUUCUGUUUGAAGACCACACUGGAAAACCUGCCCCAGAAGACUACCCCCUCUUCAGAACUGUUAACAUCGCUGAUGGGAAGUGGCAUCGGGUAGCAAUCAGUGUGGAGAAGAAAACUGUGACAAUGAUUGUUGAUUGUAAGAAGAAAACCACAAAACCACUUGAUAGAAGUGAGAGAUCAAUUGUUGAUACAAAUGGAAUCACAGUUUUUGGAACAAGGAUUUUGGAUGAAGAAGUUUUUGAGGGGGACAUCCAGCAAUUUUUGAUCUCCGCGGACCCUAAGGCAGCAUAUGACUACUGUGAGCAUUAUAGUCCAGACUGUGACUCUUCUGCAUCCACGGCUGCUCAGGCUCAGGAACCGCAGAUAGAUGAGUAUGCACCUGAGGAUAUAAUCGAAUAUGACUAUGAGUAUGGGGAAACAGAAUAUAAAGAGGCUGAAAGUGUAACAGAAAGACCCACUGUAACAGAGGAGACAGUAGCACAAACAGAGAAAAAGAAAUCCAAUUUGAAAAAGAAGAUGAAGACAGUGACCACUAACUCAAAGGAAAAGUCCAAAAAAUUUACACUCCCCAUUACUGAAAAAUUUCCUUCCAAGAAGAAGAAAAGUAACCAAGCAGCAACAAAAGCCAAACUAGGGGUAAAGGCAAAUAUUGUUGAUGAUUUUCAAGAUUAUAACUAUGGAACAAUGGAAAGUUAUCAGACAGAAGCUCCUCAGCAUGUAUCUGGAUCAAAUGAGCCAACUCCAGUUGAAGACGUUUUUACUGAAGAAUAUCUAACUGGAGAGGAUUAUGAUCCCCAGAGGAAAAAUCCCGAGGAUACUCUAUAUGAAAAUAAAGAAAUAGACGGCAGGGACUCUGGUCUUCCAGUAGAUGGAGAUUUAGGCGAAUAUGAUUUUUAUGACUAUAAAGAAUAUGAAGAUAAACCAACAAGCCCCCCUAAUGAAGAGUUUGGUCCAGGUGUACCAGCAGAAACUGAUUUCACAGAGACAAGCAUAAACAGCCAUGGUACAUACGGAGAAAAAGGACAAAAAGGAGAGCCCGCUGUGGUUGAGCCUGGUAUGCUUGUUGAAGGGCCACCAGGACCAGCAGGGCCUGCGGGUCUUAUGGGUCCUCCAGGUUUACAAGGCCCUUCUGGACCCCCUGGUGACCCUGGUGAUAGGGGACCUCCAGGACGUCCUGGUUUACCAGGAGCUGAUGGUCUACCUGGUCCUCCUGGUACUAUGUUAAUGUUACCGUUUCGUUAUGGUGGGGAUGGUUCGAAAGGACCAACUAUCUCUGCUCAGGAAGCACAGGCACAGGCCAUACUGCAGCAGGCUCGGAUUGCACUGAGAGGCCCACCUGGCCCGAUGGGUCUGACUGGAAGACCAGGUCCUGUGGGAGGACCUGGGUCAGCUGGAGCCAAGGGCGAGAGUGGUGAUCCUGGUCCUCAGGGCCCUCGAGGUGUCCAAGGUCCCCCUGGUCCAACAGGAAAACCUGGAAAAAGGGGUCGUCCAGGUGCAGAUGGAGGAAGAGGAAUGCCCGGAGAGCCUGGAGCAAAGGGAGAUCGAGGGUUUGAUGGACUUCCAGGUCUGCCAGGUGAUAAAGGUCAUAGGGGUGAAAGAGGCUCCCAAGGUCCUCCUGGUUCUCCUGGUGAUGAUGGAAUGAGGGGAGAAGAUGGAGAAAUAGGGCCCCGGGGUCUUCCAGGUGAAGCGGGCCCACGAGGUUUGCUUGGACCCAGAGGAACCCCAGGACCUCCAGGACAGCCUGGUAUCGCAGGUGUAGAUGGCCCCCCCGGACCAAAAGGGAACAUGGGUCCCCAAGGGGAGCCUGGACCUCCAGGUCAGCAAGGAAAUCCUGGACCUCAAGGUCUUCCUGGUCCACAAGGUCCAAUUGGUCCUCCUGGUGAAAAAGGACCACAAGGAAAACCAGGUCUUGCCGGUCUUCCUGGUGCUGAUGGGCCUCCUGGUCACCCUGGAAAAGAAGGCCAGUCUGGAGAAAAGGGUGCUCUGGGUCCACCUGGUCCACAGGGUCCUGUUGGCUACCCUGGUCCCCGAGGAGUAAAGGGAGCAGAUGGUGUCAGAGGUCUCAAGGGAUCAAAAGGUGAAAAGGGUGAAGACGGCUUUCCAGGAUUCAAAGGUGACAUGGGACUUAAGGGUGACAGAGGAGAAGUUGGUCAAAUAGGCCCAAGAGGAGAAGAUGGCCCUGAGGGACCCAAAGGUCGUGCAGGCCCAACUGGAGACCCAGGUCCUGCCGGCCAAGCAGGAGAGAAGGGCAAACUUGGAGUUCCUGGAUUACCAGGAUAUCCAGGAAGACAAGGUCCAAAGGGUUCUACUGGAUUUCCUGGGUUUCCAGGUGCCAAUGGGGAGAAAGGUGCACGGGGAGUAGCUGGCAAACCAGGCCCUCGGGGUCAACGUGGACCAACGGGUCCCCGAGGUUCUAGAGGAGCAAGAGGUCCCACGGGGAAACCAGGGCCAAAGGGAACUUCUGGUGGUGAUGGUCCUCCUGGCCCUCCAGGUGAAAGAGGUCCUCAGGGACCUCAGGGUCCAGUUGGAUUCCCUGGACCAAAAGGCCCUCCUGGUCCACCUGGGAAAGAUGGACUACCAGGACACCCUGGGCAACGUGGAGAGACUGGAUUUCAAGGCAAGACUGGGCCCCCUGGACCAGGUGGUGUUGUUGGACCACAGGGACCCACUGGUGAGACUGGUCCAAUAGGUGAACGAGGGCAUCCUGGCCCUCCUGGCCCUCCUGGUGAGCAAGGUCUUCCUGGCGCCGCAGGAAAGGAAGGUGCAAAGGGUGAUCUAGGACCUCAGGGUAUCCCAGGGAAAGAUGGACCAGCAGGAUUGCGUGGUUUCCCAGGUGAAAGAGGACUUCCUGGAGCUCAGGGUGCACCUGGUCUGAAAGGAGGAGAAGGUCCCCAGGGCCCACCAGGACCAGUUGGUUCACCAGGAGAACGUGGAUCCGCAGGUACAGCUGGUCCCAUUGGUUUGCCAGGGCGUCCAGGACCCCAGGGACCUCCUGGUCCAGCUGGAGAAAAAGGUGCCCCUGGAGAGAAAGGACCCCAAGGCCCUGCAGGGAGAGAUGGAGUUCAAGGUCCUGUGGGUCUCCCCGGGCCCGCUGGUCCUGCGGGCUCUCCUGGAGAGGAUGGAGACAAGGGUGAAAUUGGUGAACCAGGACAGAAAGGCAGCAAGGGUGACAAAGGAGAAAAUGGUCCUCCUGGUCCCCCUGGUCUGCAAGGACCAGUUGGUGCCCCUGGAAUUGCUGGGGGCGAUGGUGAGCCAGGUCCCAGAGGACAGCAGGGCAUGUUUGGACAAAAAGGCGACGAGGGUGCAAGAGGUUUCCCUGGACCCCCUGGUCCUAUAGGUCUUCAGGGUUUGCCAGGCCCACCUGGUGAAAAAGGAGAAAAUGGAGAUGUUGGCCCGAUGGGUCCACCUGGUCCUCCUGGUCCAAGAGGCCCUCAAGGUCCCAGUGGAGCUGAUGGACCACAAGGACCUCCAGGAUCCGUUGGCUCAGUUGGUGGUGUUGGAGAAAAGGGUGAACCUGGAGAAGCAGGGAACCCUGGGCCCCCUGGUGAAGCAGGCACAGGUGGUCCCAAAGGAGAAAGAGGAGAGAAAGGAGAAGCUGGUUCACCAGGUGCUGCUGGACCUCCUGGUGCAAAGGGGCCACCGGGUGACGAUGGCCCCAAGGGUAACCCGGGUCCUGUUGGUUUUCCUGGAGAUCCUGGUCCUCCUGGGGAACCUGGCCCUGCGGGUCAGGAUGGUGUCAGUGGUGACAAGGGUGAAGACGGAGAUCCUGGACAACCGGGUCCUCCUGGUCCAUCUGGUGAGGCUGGCCCACCAGGUCCUCCUGGAAAAAGAGGUCCCCCUGGAGCUGCAGGUUCAGAGGGAAGACAAGGCGAAAAAGGUGCUAAGGGAGAAGCAGGCGCUGAAGGCCCUCCUGGAAAAACUGGGCCAGUGGGUCCUCAGGGUCCUGCUGGGAAGCCUGGUCCAGAAGGUCUUCGGGGCAUCCCUGGACCUGUGGGAGAACAAGGUCUUCCUGGAGCAGCAGGCCAAGACGGACCACCUGGCCCUAUAGGACCUCCUGGCUUACCUGGUCUCAAAGGUGAUCCUGGCUCCAAGGGUGAAAAGGGACAUCCUGGCUUAAUAGGCCUGAUUGGUCCUCCAGGAGAGCAAGGGGAAAAAGGUGACAGAGGGCUUCCUGGAACGCAAGGAUCUCCAGGAGCAAAGGGAGAUGGGGGAACUCCAGGUCCUGCUGGCCCCAUAGGUCCACCUGGUGCUCCUGGCUUACCAGGACCUCAAGGCCCAAAGGGUAAUAAAGGCUCUUCUGGACCUGCUGGUCAAAAGGGUGACAGUGGUCCUCCUGGGCCUCCUGGGCCUCCAGGUCCUCCUGGCGAGGUCAUUCAGCCUUUACCCAUCCUGUCACCCAAGAAAACGAGAAGACAUGCUGAAAGCAUACAAGCAGAUGCAGGUGAUAAUAUUCUUGAUUAUUCAGAUGGAAUGGAGGAAAUAUUUGGUUCGCUUAAUUCCCUGAAACAAGACAUUGAGCAUAUGAAAUUUCCAAUGGGUACUCAGACGAAUCCAGCCAGAACUUGCAAAGACCUGCAACUCAGCCAUCCUGACUUCCCAGAUGGUGAAUAUUGGAUUGAUCCUAACCAAGGUUGUUCAGGAGAUUCUUUCAAAGUUUAUUGCAAUUUCACAUCUGGUGGUGAGACUUGCAUUUAUCCAGACAAAAAAUCUGAGGGAGUAAGAAUUUCAUCAUGGCCAAAAGAGAAACCAGGAAGUUGGUUUAGCGAAUUUAAAAGAGGAAAACUGCUUUCAUAUGUAGAUGUUGAAGGAAAUUCCAUUAACAUGGUACAAAUGACAUUCCUAAAACUUUUGACCGCUUCUGCUCGGCAAAAUUUCACCUACCACUGUCAUCAGUCAGUUGCCUGGUAUGACAUGUCGUCAGGAAAUUAUGACAAAGCACUUCGGUUUCUGGGAUCAAAUGAUGAGGAAAUGUCCUAUGAUAACAACCCUUACAUCAAAGCACUGUAUGACGGCUGUGCGUCCAGAAAAGGUUAUGACAAGACUGUGAUUGAAAUCAAUACACCGAAAAUUGAUCAAGUACCUAUCAUUGAUGUAAUGAUCAGUGACUUUGGUGAUCAGAAUCAGAAGUGUGGAUUUGAAGUUGGUCCAGUUUGUUUUCUUGGCUAACGUUAAGUGAAAGAACCCAUGAAAUCAACAGAAUAUAAACUUUGGUGCCGCCAACCCAUUUAAUGCCUCAUGCAAGUUUUAAAUAAGGAUGGUAUAGAAUACAACUCGGUAUGUAUACUGUUACCAUGUAGGCAAUAACUGCUGCCUUCAGGGGGCAGAAUCACUUGAAAACAGUUUUGAGAAUCAUAAAGAUGUAAGGUAGUGUGUCUGAGAUGGAAACAAGGUUAAUUCUUGAUCCUUGACCCUCUUUCCUAUUUGGAUUUCUUUGGUGCUGUAGAGAAAAAAAAAAAAAAGAAAAGUUUAUAUUCAUAAAAAAAUAUGGUGCUUACCCCCAUCCAUCAAGGAUAUGCUAAAAAGUUUGUUUAAUAAAUUGUAAUUAUUUUAUGUACAGUUCUAUACUGUUAUCUAUGUGUUCAUCUCCAAAACUUGCACGUCUUUGAAUCCCAUUUGACUCUUAAUUUUAUGACAAUUAUGGAACAAUGAUGGCAAUAAAUAUAUGUAUUUCAAAAAUAAAGUUGUAAUUCCUGAUGAUUCUAAUUUCCUUUCUUUGAUUAAUAAUAAAAUGCCUUUGUAUAUAUUGAUUUUGAAGAGUUCACUUAUUUGAUGUCACAAAUGGAUUUAGGCAAAACCUAGAAGAUCUUUGGGAGCACACUUCAAUCACCAUCUCUAUUGACAAUAACUUUGGUGAAUUUCAGCCAAAAUAUCAUGUAUUUUGAUGCUUUAUUCAGUGCUAUACCUCAGCAUUUUCUUUUCAGAACCCAAGAUUUCAUAGGAUCCUUAUAUAUGAAGAAAAAAACCAAAUUUGUAUUUUUGGACAAUGGAAUAUGUAUGAUAAAUUGUUUUAAAAAUUAAUGCAUCUUUCAAGCAUUUGUACUUGUGUACAUAUUUUCUCUACUUUAUCUCAUCCCAUUAUCAGUGUACUUCAAUAUUACAAAUUAAUACUAAAGGUAAAAAUGAACCAUUUAUUUAUGAAUUUGUGCAAUGUUAAAUUUUUAAUCAAGUUCCUGAAUUAGAUUCUAACUUGGAUAUUGCAGUAAUUUCAAAUGUGAUUGUACCUUCCAAACAAAUACUGUUUCUUCCUUUUCAAGAUAAUUUCAUUCAUUAUUUGCCCAACAUAAUAAAGUAACAUAAGAGUGGAUUGCUUUAAAUUCAUAUUAUUAAUGAUAAUUAAAAUAUUUUUUCUGCUAGGUAUUUUCUGUCAGCUUAAAAAGCAUUAAAUUUAAAAACUACAAAAUGAACUUUGUAUCUAUUUUAAAUAAUAUAUGUAAGACUUGAAAAUAAAUGUUUUAUUAUUUCUUAUAUGAAGUGUUAAAUUAAUUGAUACCAGAUUCCACUGGAGCAUUUUCAAAUGAUAAUUUAUCACAAAAGAGCCUACUUGUAAUAUUGCAAAUAAAACGUGAACAUGUUAUCCAGAACUUCUUUUAUUUUUCAAAUCUAAUUUGUAAAUGUCCUUUCAAUAAAAGGUAUAUGAGUCAUAUAAAUAAACUUAAAUCUUGUUUACCUGGA